AUGGCAAUUUUUGCAGCAUCCUCCAUUAACAGUGUUGCCGUCAUUUGGGGUUAUUCCGCUGGGGGUACAGUAUCCAACAUGGAUGAUGACGAUGAAGAUCUUUCCGAACGAUUUACUAUGAUGCGAGUACCAGCAGCUAACUGUGAAACAAAACAGCAGCAGGUCGAGACAGUAGUCCCGGAACAUCAUUCUACUGCUGACGCCAUUUGGUCCUGUGCCGUUGGUAAUGCUGAUGACGAAGAACUGUCAGAACGCUUCGAAUUUAUGCGAGCACCAACACCCAUCGACGAGACUAUACCAUUACCAGCUGCCAUCGAUGAGCACUGGGAAAGCAGCAGUGACGACAGCAGUGAAUCACCACCCUCUCUACUUGUGGGUCAUUCCCGAACAGAUGAAGUUCAAAUUGCUCCCAGUACCACGAUUAGGAAGCUGUUGCCAUUCAAGAUUAAAUUACAAGACGAGUUAUCCAAAACCUAUCACACACCGCGACAGUUCAAGAAACCGACCCGUUGUCUCUCACCGGUACGACAAGCUGUGUACAACAUGGACCGAUCGGACUGUCGAUCGCGGCUGGAAUCUUCCUUUUGCCAGUUGGAUUCUGCAAGACAUUUGCCAUCCAUUAAGAAACCAAAAAGAAGCUUGUCCGAUCAUACUUCCGCCCCGUGCUUUGGAAGCUCUUUGGAGAGGAGUACCAAGAGCGAGGAAUUCUUGCUCAUGGCCAGGAUGCGUGAGGAGGAUCUACGAUCCAACAAAUCAUUGUACAAAAAAAAACCAAAGACCGAGAAAAGCAAGAGUGGCAGUUCGAAAGGUAGCAGUCUCUCUUCAAAGCGCUCCUACAAGAAAUGCCUCAGGGUAGACGGCAAACAUGCAAUGGAGUCCCCCGUCUCUCCCAAGCGAUCCUCCACCAAGAAAAGUCUGUCUCGCUGCGACAGUCUCUCGCCAAAGCGAUCCUCCAAGAAAAGUCUCAAGGCAGACGACAAACAUACAGUUGAGUCUCCCAUCUCUCCCAAGCGAUCCUCCAAGAAAAAUCUGUCUCGCUCUGGCAGUCGCUCGCCAAAGCAAUCCUCAAAGAAAAGUCUCAAGGCAGACAAGCGUGCAAUUGAGUCUCCAGUGUCUCCCAAGCGAUCCUCCAAGGAGAGUAUGUCUCCCUCUGCUUGUCUCUCUCCAAAGCGAUCCGCCAAGGGAGGGAAGAGCCUCGGUUGUGUUCCCGGCCAAGUGGGACAAACGCAAGAGCUAAAGGCUGGAGAUGUUACGCUGAUUUGGAGACUAAGAAAGGCUAAAACGAGCUGCGAAGAAAACCGAGCAAGAAGAGCAAGACUGCAAGACAAAUGA